CUGUAUUUGUAUCGCGCUUUUGAAUCUCUCUCUCUAUCUUAAAGAUUAAAUAUAUUCUUGCGACUCUUGUCUACCAAGCCUACAAUUUCCAAGCACCUUCAGUCAUUUUAUUAAGCCGCAUCCCCCGAAAGCCAUCAAAAACAAAAUGUCCUCCAAAAAGCGCAAGUCAGAAGAAGACCCCACGACCAGCACCACCAUGAGCAGCGACACCACCGGCAGGAAGCGAAGACGCCUAAGCGACGCGGACUCCGUCGCAGACAACAAGUCCAAGAAGAGCAAAAAGGAGAAGAAGAGCAAGAAGUCCUCAUCCAAGAAAGACAAGAAGCGCAAGCACGUCCCCGCUGCCGAAGACGAAGACGAAGACGAAGCCAAUGCCUCGCCCGAAGACACCCCCAUGGACGAAGCCCCCCUCCCCGCCGUAGAGCCUCAGGGCGACGACGAGAGUAAAAAGGAGACCAAGGAAAGUUCCAAAAAGACCAGCAAGAAGGACAAAAAAGACAAGAAAUCCAAGUCCAAGUCCAAGUCCAAGAGCAAAAGCAAAGACAAAUCCGAGUCCAAAGCCAAAGCCAACGCCCACGCCCACGCCCCUCAAGAACCCACCGACGCCGCCGAGCCCGCAGACACCACCAUCACCACCACCACCGCAGCUGCCACGGCCGACGACGACGACAACGACGACGAAGAAGCCCCCCCCGAAGAGCCCCCCCGCGGCAAAAAAGUCCGCUUCAUAGUCUUCGUCGGCAACCUGCCCUUCUCCGCGACUCCGGAGCAGAUAACAGCCCACUUCUCCGCCGUGCACCCGACCUCGGUGCGCCUGCUGCACGACCCGCGCACCGCCAAGUCCCGCGGCAUCGCCUUCGUCGAGUUCGCCCGCUACGACCACAUGAAGACCUGCCUGAAGACCAUGCACCACACCACCUUUACCUGCCCCUGUCCCUGCCCCCCCGGCAAGCCCGGCAGGCCCGGCAGGCCCGAGGAGCGCCGCAUCAACGUCGAGCUGACGGCUGGCGGCGGCGGGAACACCUCCCAUCGCAAGGACAAGAUCCGUGCCAAGAACGAGAAGCUGAACGAGGAACGCGCGCGCAGGGCGCAGGAGGAAGCCAAGGCUAAGGCUGAGAAGGGGAAGGGGCAGAAUGGGGGCGAGAAAGCUGGUGGCGGCGUCGAGCAUGCAAUCCACCCGAGCCGACGUGGGAUGGUCCCUGGAGCCGGGUCAUGAUAUCCUAGACAGUAGCUCUUCUGUCAAUGUAUUUAUUUUAUUUUAAUCACAUAUUUUGCAAAGCAGCUUAGGGGUUAGGCGUUCACGUAUAGGAAAAAUGAAAAAUGACAUCAAAUUUGGGG